GCCACGCUGUUUGGAGAAACAGGAAGAGACUUUUUGUCACGUUUGUUUUGAAGAAAGAAGAGAAACUGGCGUCGCAAAAACACCCUGCAGAUACAAACGGAUUUAUUGGCAGCGAGAUGAAGAAGCAGACGGAGAGCCAGUGCACUCAGAAGACCAUCUCAUUGCUGAGCCCCCUGGGGACGAUCCAAGUCAGUGGAUGUGAGAAUGGUGUGCACACCAUCCAGAUCCUAAUGGAUGUCGCACCUGCUGAAAGGAGCAGCAAGGCCCCCCUGAGCUGUGUGGUCAACGAUAGCCUGGCAGAAACGAGCCACGAGUUGCAGCGCUGCGUUGAAUGGCUCCAGGCGUACUUCAGUGAGCCACAGACCGCUGGGAGUCUCCCGCUCCCUGCCUUUCACCACCCCGCCCUGCAAGGAGAUGCAUUCACUAGCCGCGUGUUGCACGUACUUCUGAGGGAUGUGAAGUUUGGAGAGACCGUCUCAUAUAAACGCCUCGCUGAGAUGGCGGGAAACCCCAGAGCGGUGAGGGCAGUGGGAGGGGCCAUGAGGAGGAACCCGGUUCCUCUCCUCAUCCCCUGCCACCGAGUCAUUUCUAGCAAUGGACAGAGUGGGCCGUACAUGAGCGGCAAGGGCGACCAUCUCAAACAAUGGCUUCUCACCCAUGAGAGGCAGAGAGGGGAAGGCUAAAGCAUGACAGAGGCCAAGUGUC